AUGAGGAUGACGGGCAAUGCUCUGUGCAGGUUGUGGUCCCAGGUGCCAGGCCUCAGCGAGCCCUGGUGCAUGCAGAUCCAAUGGCGCAUCGGCCAGGACGAGGAGUUGAUUGCGGCACUGACGGAGCCCCGCUACCCAUGCGCGGACGACAGUAUCGAGACCAUCGUCCUCACCCAGACCAUCUACCUCUGCCAGCUCCUCCUGCAUCUGCAGGAGUUCGACCCGUGCACAGGAGUCAUCGCUGACGACGAAGAGAUCGACGAGGAGCUCUCCCGUGUCUUCCAGGACUGCAUCGCCCGCGAGUACAACGUCGCCUAUGACACGCGCGUGCGUGACGGCCCCGCGCCCGACGGGGAGGCGCUCGAGCGCGUGGUGAAAGGGCUCACGAGGGCUCAGCUGGAGGGUACCAGGGAGCUGGAGACCAGGGUAGAGACGGAGGCCACAACAGCCGUGGUUCCGGCCCCCGGCGGCGGCGGCGGGGGUGAGGAGGCACAGACGAGAGUCCGGCUGCACCAGGUCCUCGUGGCGACGCUAGUAGAGCUCAAGAGGACGUUGCGGCGGACGCCGGCCCGCUACGAGCUCGUGUACGGACCCCGUACGGAGGCGACCUGGGCGGCACGCUUCUCGACGCGCAUCAUGCAGUGGCGCCACCUGGUGCGGAACGGGUCGGGCGCACUGGUUCAGGGCGUCGUCGAGGUCCAACCCCACGAUGUGCUGCCGCUCGAUGAGGAGGGUAUGCAGGUGUACCAGAUCCUGCGAAGUGUUGCGCCUGGUCGCAUCCAUGUGCUCUCGCCCGUCCAGCCCGAGAUGCCGGCGACGCGGCCCUGGUCUCAGGACCAGGAGUUUGGCCCCCAGCAGCAGCAUCACCAACCGCAGGGCCACGACCUUCGCUACUCGCAACAACUACAACCGCAGCACCCGCAGCAGCAGCUCCGUCAACACCAAAUCCAUCAUACUCACCACCAUCACCAACACACACGAUCCAUUAGCAGCGGCAUUAAAAUGGUCCCGCCGGCAUACAGCACCCCUGUGGCCCACACGCCCGUGUCGACGCCGUCCGAGUCCGCCGACACCCCUCGCACCACGCCACAGUACCCGUAUCCGUCGCUCAGCGCGGGGUCUCACACCAUGGAGGGCAGCUCAAAGAGGGCCUCGCAGGAAAUGAGCUACCCGCCGCCAACAAAGAGACUCCAGCUGAUGGUGCCCCCUGCCGUGCCAGGGGCAGGAGGGGAUGUCCCCGCGAGCAACCUCCCCAUACGGUGCGGCGGCCCCAUGGACAUCGACCGCCCGCAGCAGGACGAGGAGGCAUCUUCCCUCGACACGAACGUUCUCUUGAGCCGAGUCCUGAGCCGGGUUACCGAGCUAGGUCAAAAGAUCGACGGAAUGCAGCACGGCAUGGAUGCGAAGAUGAACCAGCUGGACGAAAGAUUGCAACGUAUCCAGGAGUCUUUGGUCUAG